CGACGCGUCAGUGCAAACGCUGCCCAAACAACGUGACGAUGAGCCGACCCAAGCGCAAGCAGCGCGACAGCUCGGCCUGCGCCUUCACGCAAGCGCUGGGCGGCGAGAUCCUGCGCCAAGCAAGGGAGAUGGAUCAGCUGCGGCCCGACGCGAUCUUCGGAGUCUAUAUUUUGGGUUCACUGAACACCCCGCAACCCCAUCAAGGAAGAAGGACCUGCGUGCGUAUCUUCCGGGAGCGGCGGACGGGCGGCGAUCCAUGCUACGUCGUCGAGACGCCCCGCGCGCAGACUAGAUUCGCCACCACGAGGCAAGCGAUCGAAGCUUUCACCUUCUCCGCAGAGUUCGCAAUCCGAAAAAUCUGCACACGUGAGGAACGGAACAAGGUGACCAGACAAAUUAUACACAUGUUCGACCCAUCGUCGGAAAACAUGUACGAGGUCAUCCCCUCGGACGUAUUCUUCUUAGACUUCUCCCCGCACCAGCUGCCGCCAUUCUCUCAGCAUGUCGACGCCUUCGCGGCGCAGGAGAGGUUCGUUCAGCGGAUGACUGCGUUGCUCGAGUCGCCGCCACGCGUCACGAUGAAACCGGACUACGAUCCUCGCUCACCCGACCACGUAGUUGAAAACAACGUGAUAGAUGGUGACAUUGAGAUCUAAGAAAUGUAAGAUAC